CAGGAGCUCAGCAUUUCUGUUAAAGACACGUUGUCAGAAAUCGCCUGCCCGAGCUUCAAAUUCACCACACCAGCUGUCUGCAACGCGCUCGGUGAUUUUCUCCUUUCUUCGAGCUCUGGGAGCGACAUCCAUUGACCUACCCAAUUGUGUCGUCUGUCUCUAUAGACGGUUCCUUUCUCCAUUGACCGACCCUCCCGUCGGUGUGUGCGUAUUGCUCCAGUCGGCCCACUCGCUGAGUCGCUUGAGAUAGCACUCGGCGCUGCAAAAUGAGGUUCAACGUCGCUGCUGCCGCCGCCAGUGCAGCCCUUUUGGUUGGUGGCGUGAACGCCGAGGAUCAGAAGGUGCUCAAGGACGAGAGCUCGUCCAGCUCGGUCGCCGAGUCUGCCACCCAGAGUGCCCCGGAGCUCCCAACCUUCACCCCGACUAAGCUCAAGGCCCCGUUCCUCGAGCAAUUCACCGACGAUUGGGAACAGCGAUGGAAGCCCUCGCAUGCCAAGAAGGAUACCAAGGGCAGUGACGAGGAGUGGGCGUACGUGGGAGAAUGGUCAGUUGAGGAGCCCACAACCUACAAGGGUAUGGAGGGCGACAAAGGCCUUGUGGUCAAGAAUGCCGCCGCCCAUCACGCCAUCUCUGCCAAGUUCCCCAAGAAGAUUGACCCGAAGGGCAAGACCCUGGUGGUUCAAUAUGAGGUCAAGCUGCAGAACGGCCUGGAGUGCGGUGGUGCUUACAUGAAGCUGCUGCGGGAUACCAAGGCCCUUCACCAGGACGAGUUCUCCAACACAACUCCCUACGUCAUCAUGUUUGGUCCCGACAAGUGCGGCCACACCAACAAGGUCCACUUUAUCUUCAACCACAAGAACCCGAAGACGGGCGAGUACGAGGAGAAGCACCUGACGUCUCCUCCCACCGCCAAGAUCGUCAAGACCACGGAGCUCUACACGCUCAUCGUGCACCCUAACAACACCUACAUCAUCCAGCAGAACGGCGAGCAGGUCAAGGAGGGCAGCCUGCUUGAGGACUUCAACCCUGCCGUCAACCCUCCCAAGGAGAUCGAUGACCCCAAGGACAAGAAGCCUGACGACUGGGUUGACGAAGCCCGGAUCCCUGACCCCGACGCGAAGAAGCCCGACGACUGGGAUGAGGAUGCCCCGUACGAGAUUGUUGACGAGGAGGCUACUAUGCCGGAGGACUGGCUUGUUGAUGAGCCGCAAUUCAUUCCUGACCCCGAGGCUCAGAAGCCCGAGGACUGGGAUGACGAGGAGGACGGCGACUGGGUCCCUCCCACUGUUGCCAACCCCAAGUGCGCCGAGGUCUCUGGCUGUGGCCCGUGGACCAAGCCCAUGAAAAAGAACCCCGACUACAAGGGCAAGUGGACUGCGCCGUACAUUGACAACCCGGCCUACAAGGGUCCCUGGGCUCCCCGCAAGAUCAAGAACCCCGACUACUUCGAGGACAAGAACCCGGCCAACUUCGAGCCCAUGGGCGCGAUUGGCUUUGAGAUCUGGACCAUGCAGAACAACAUUCUCUUUGACAACAUCUACGUCGGUCACUCCGUCGAGGAGGCCAAGAAGUUUGCCGAAGAGACCUUCUUCAAGAAGCACCCCGUUGAGAAGGCUGCCGAGGAGGCCGACAAGCCCAAGGCUGACGACACUCCCAAGUCGCCUAGCGACCUCAAGUUCCUUGAUGACCCCAAGACGUACAUCCUGGAGAAGUUCGAUCUCUUCCUCACCAUUGCCAAGAAGGAUCCCAUUGAGGCGAUCAAGUUCGUGCCUGAGAUUGCUGGUGGUCUCGCCGCUCUUUUCGUUACCGUCGUCGCCCUCCUCGUCGGUCUCAUCGGCCUUGGUUCCUCUCCCGCACCGGCGGCCAAGAAGGUUGCUGCUGAUGCGAAGGAGAAGGCCAAGGAGGUGAAGGACAAGGCUGCGUCGGCCGCGGCGUCUGGUGUUGACACUGCCAAGGAGGCUACCAAGCGUGCCACCCGAAGCCAGUCGUAGAUGGCGCGGUGCGUUCGGGGAGAGGGCCAUUUAUUCUGUGUUUUGAACGAACACAGGCUUCACCCGCGUCUAGCCUACUCGGGCAGUUGGGUGUGGGGGCGGAGCCGCAGAUUUCGAGACCGAUACGGAUAGUUUUGCUUCACCCUUUGCUUAUCUUUAUGGUCUUCGGGAGUCUCAUGGCGUCUCUGUAUUCUAGGCACACAAGAAAAUACAUGGGCGUUAGUAUUGGGCACAUAGCUAGUAUAACGUUUGUCUCAAUCUCAGUUUCCUGAGUCAAGGAUUCCGCCUCAAACCGAGCUCAUCCCAUGACUGCCCCAAAUCGGAUGUUCUCCCCAGAUUCUUGGCAAGGCCUACCCGCGGACCCUUGUUGCAUGCU